AUGAACCUGGACCCUUUAACGUUUAGCUUAUCGCAAAUCAAUUAUCUCGUUAUAAAUUUAACAAAGAAGAACUUUAAGCAGACGAAUCAAGAGUUGUCUCAGAUUGUCAGUCUAUAUGGCUUGGAAGCAGAAAAUCAGUUGCUGAGAUGUUUACUCACCGAGGCAGCAAAAGCUUCUUGGGACUCUGAUCGCUCAGGGUCAUCAGUUAGCAGUGUCCAUGCUUCACUGCUUGCACAGCAUCUGGCUUCUCUGCUGAACCACCCAGCAAAGUCAACUGUUGUUUGUCGGGCGGUCGAUUUUCCUAAUCGUUCUCUACAGAAGUUAUUGAAACCAUCUAACACAUUACUCAAUCGCCUUUCAAGAUUGCUGAAGUUGACAACAGCCGAAGAUGUUACAUUCUCAUUAGUGCUGAGACGGCACUCCUCGAAGCCUGAAAUCAUAUGUGUAGCUAAACAGCAUUUGAAGAAAAGAUUUUUGGAUCUUGUACAGUGUUAUUUGGACGCAGAGCGUGGACAUCAAGUGGAGCGCGCGGGCCUUCAGGAAUGCAGCCCUGAAGUUUUGCAAACUCUGCUUACUAGUCUCUCGUACGAGAAUUUUCGCUUAGCACCAGUGACGAGGGACUUAUUUCUGAAACGUUUACGUGUCGACUUUCCUCGUGAGGUGGUUCCAAUAGUUCUAGCUCCAUUGCUGUAUCCCGACGAUACACAGACACCACUGCUGGAAAUGAGCACAGCUGACGACAUGGCAGCCGCAAUGAUGGACAAUUCACUUGCGGAAAUCAUCCGAGACAUCGGUUACAAUUUCACGACCUCCGUUGAGGAUUGCAAGAACAACAUGUUGAACUUUGGCGCGCGGGAGCCCACCGCUAUAGAUGUGGCCCGGAUUAUUUCCAUGAUGGUGCGCUACCAUGUGACCUUACCGGAAGGACCACAAAUACAAACACCCGGUAACUUCUGGAUGAACCAUGAGGUGAAAAAGGAUGCGAUACCGCACGGACAUGGCGAAUCGUGGAAUGCCGAGGUGUUUGUGCAGACCCUCAAAGAGCUGGCGUCCAAUUUAAACUGGAAAGAAGUCAUUUUGCAACUGGAUCAUCCAGAAUUCAUUGUCACUGACCGACAGGGGCUGAGCUUGCUGUUCACAAUUUUACGCCUGGGCCUCCAAAGCGCGGGGUACCCGUCUAAUAUUUUCCCUGUGGAGUAUUUGUGUCGCAGGUGGACCAAUUUAGAAGGACAGAUGAGUUUGAUCUCUAAUAUUCUAAAAUUCCCCGAUGUAUUUAGCAUUGCCGAUUAUCCUUUCCAUCCUGUGUCUAUUGAUAUUCUAAAGUCACCGCCCGAAACUGACAACAAGGAGAUAGCAACGUGGCGGUGCCUGUAUUUGGUAGAGCUGUUGUUGUAUGCUUCUGAGCGUGGAUACUACAUGCAAGUCCAUGAGCUGUUCAAGUUCCCGCUGCAACAUUGCCCCGACAUUUUGAUGCUUGCCCUGUUGCAAAUUAGCGCGCCAAUAACCAUGUUUAGGCAAGAACUGCUGUCGACACUGAUACCUAUAUUCUUGGGCAACCACCCCAACUCCGGUAUCAUAUUGCAGCAUGCAUGGCACACGCAGAACCCCAACAUAAAACCGAUUGUUAUGCAUGCGAUGGCGGAAUGGUACAUACGAGGUGACAGCGACCAGUCCAAAUUGUCAAGGAUAUUAGAUGUGGCUCAAGAUCUCAAAGCCCUGUCGUCGCUCCUGAACGUGCAGUCUUUUCCUUUCGUAAUCGACUUGGCAUGCCUUGCCUCGCGUAGGGAAUAUCUCAAGCUGGACAAAUGGUUGACCGACAAAAUAAGGGACCACGGCGAAACAUUCGUCUCCGCCAUGGUGAAGUUCUUACAGAGGAGAUGUCCACAGAUGAUUGGAAAAGUACCCGAGGAGCAACUACCGAAAGCCGCUCAGCUACCCCACGAAACUAUAGCCACAAUGCUGACGUGUCUGCAACUGUGCAUACCAAAUGUCAUGCAGGAGCUGCAGGAAGCGAUAUAUAACGUCAUAACGAACUGUCAGACAUUGCUCAUCAGCAAGACGAGACAAACGAUUACGGGCAUCAUUCGCCCACACACGAGAGUCAUCGAAACCCCAUUCAACCCGGCCGGUUUGGGUGGGCAGAUUUUCACUCCGCACGUCGAUUCGAUCGCCAGUUUGACUCCGAACGUCGCGAACAUGACGCUAGGCGCACCCGCGAACACUGCGUUCGCAAUGCCGGGAACACUAGGGCCGCUGAUCACCGCCCCGGGCUCCCCAUCCCGAUUGAUGGGCCCUGGGCCGAACAGCCCGUUCCCCAUGAUGUCCCUUCAGCACAACCCCAAUCUCGUCAACAUGGGCGCGUUGCGAAUGGCGCAGGUACCAACUAUGGACAAGCCCCGCUUACCGGACCCUAUACAUUUUCCGGAAAUAAUGCACAACGUCUCGAAGGAAAUCGAAGACGAAGCCAACGGUUACUUCCAGCGCAUUUACAACCAUCCACCGCACCCCACCCUGUCAAUAGACGAGGUGCUUGACAUGCUGAAAAGGUUCCAAGAUUCCCCGAACAAGAGGGAAAGAGAGGUAUUCUCGUGCAUGCUCAGAAAUCUCUUUGAGGAAUACAAAUUCUUCCCACAGUAUCCAGACAAAGAGCUGCACAUAACCGCCCAACUUUUCGGUGGCAUAAUCGAGAAGGGCCUUGUUCCUAGUUACGUUUCCCUAGGUCUAGCACUGCGAUUUGUUCUCGACGCUCUUCGGAAACCGGAGGGCUCUAAGAUGUACUACUUCGGUAUUGCCGCUCUAGAUAGAUUCAAGUCGCGCUUGAAGGACUAUCACAAGUACUGCGAGCACGUUCGGGCAAUACCACAUUUUAGCGAGUUCCCUCCCCAUCUAAUUGAGUACAUCGAAUAUGGGCUGCAGAGUCAAGAGCCGCCCACAAAGCCGCAGGGCGCUGUAUUGCCGGCGAGCCUAGCCGCCAUGCUGAGCCAGAACGCAGUCGUAACAGUAUCGGCACCGUACAGGACCGUUGUCGGCGCUCCGAACCCAAUUUCGGUCAUGUCGAAAGUUGCCAACUGCGUUACUGGCGGCAUCGGCAGCCGGCCAUCCAUCGCCAACGCUACCAACAUAGACACGCUCCUCACGGCGACAGACAGGGAAGAGAAGAUCAACGCCCCGCCAGAGGCCAUACAGGAUAAGACAGCAUUCAUUUUCAAUAACCUAAGCCAGCUCAACCUCCAAACUAAAUGCGAAGAACUAAGAGAAAUUCUCACUGAAGAAUAUUACCCGUGGCUUUCUCAAUAUCUAGUUAUGAAGAGGGCUUCAAUUGAGCUUAACUUUCACGCUCUCUACUCCAAUUUUCUUGACGUUCUCAAAGCGCGAGAAGUCAAUAAAAUGGUGACAAAAGAGACGUACCGUAACAUCAAAGUGUUGUUGCGCUCCGACAAAGGCAUAGCUAACUUCUCUGACCGAUCUCUGCUGAAGAACCUCGGCCAUUGGUUAGGCAUGCUGACAUUGGCUCGCAAUCAACCGAUUCUUCAUGUAGAUAUUGACCUCAAAGCACUGCUACUUGAAGCUUACCACAAAGGCCAGCAAGAGUUACUUUAUGUCGUGCCGUUUGUUGCCAAAGUCCUGGAAUCGUGCGCUAAAAGCGUUGUUUUUAAGCCGCCCAAUCCAUGGACUAUGGCCCUGAUGAACGUCCUGGCCGAACUGCAUCAAGAACCCGACUUGAAGUUGAAUUUGAAGUUUGAAAUAGAAGUGCUUUGUAAAAACCUUAGCUUGGACAUAGCGGAACUGAAGCCCACCCUAUAUUUGAAGGACCCCGAGAAGCAUAGGCUGAUCGAGUUCCAACUUUCCCAGCCGAAGCUGAACAAGGAACAACAGCAACAGCAACAACAGCAGCAGCAACAGCAGCAGCAGCAGCAGCAACAACAACAGCAACAACAACAACAGCAGCAGCAGCAGCAGCAGCAACCGCCGCUGCCGCCGCCCAACAUAAUUCCCGUGAACCAGGCGUUAGUGCAGCCGCCACAGAUGCAGAUGAUGCCGCCGCCGAUGAUGCCGCCCGACGACAUGAGCAUCGCGCCGCCGCCGCUGGGCGGAGCCCUGCUAGCGGACCCGGCCUUCAUGGGCGUCCUCGGCAUCCCGGAGCCCAGAUUCAACUACCUCGACGUGAACGUGUCCUCCACGUCCGCCUUCGGGCAGAAGAUCUGCUUCAACCCCCACAUAAUCCUAUUCCAGAACUACCCGCAUCUCAAGCAGUUCGUGAAGCCCGCCAUCGAGCGCUCGAUCCAGGAGUGGAUCCACCCGGUGGUCGACCGCUCGAUAAAGUACGCGCUUACCACUUGCGAGCAGAUCAUCCGCAAGGACUUCGCCUUCGAUCCGGACGAGGUGCGCAUGCGGACCUGCGCUCACCACAUGAUGCGCAACCUCACCGCCGGCAUGGCGAUGAUCACGUGCCGCGAGCAGAUCGUCAGCACCAUCAGCACCAACCUGAAGGCGGCCUUCAUCACGGCGCUAAUGCCCAACACACCACAGCAGAAGGAAUUAGUAGAGAGUGCCGCCGCCGUUUUAGCGACCGACAACAUGGAGCUCGCGUGCGCGUUCAUCCAGAAGACCGCAGUGGAGAAGGCACUGCCGGAGCUCGAUAAGAGGCUGAUGAACGACUACGAGAUGAGGAAGCAAGCGAGGCUCGAGAACCGGCGCUACUUCGACCCGAUGGUGCUCACGUACCAGACGGAGAACAUACCGGAGAGGGUACGUCUACGCGUGGGCGGCCCCACCGACAUGCAGAUCGCGGUGUACGAAGAGUUCGCGUGCAACAUACCCGGCUUUAUGCCGGUGCGCGACGCUGGCAUGUUCAUGCCGAAGCCCUCGGCGCAAGAGCAGAUGCCCCAGAUGACGUACAGCCAAGUGAUGAACCCCACCCAGGUGUACGGCACCGACGAGAUGGGCGGCCUGAUCACAGCCGCCGAGGUGUUCCUCUCGAACGCGCUCGCCGCCCAGACCUUCACGGUGCAGGCGAACAACAUGCACACACUCCUCGAGUGCCUGAUAAUGGCGAGGAGGAAUCGCGACAUCGUCUCCGGCUGCACACUGCUGCAAAGGGCAGUUGAGGGCCUGCUCGACGGCCACAUCGUCCAGCCCGGCGUCAACACGGAACACAUGGAGAUGAUGACAAGGUACAGGGACAUUCACCUGCGCGUCCUCAAACUGCUGGAGGACGCGAGGGUCUACGGCCACGUUUGGACCACGAAGCAGAUCACCUGCUGCCUCACCGAGUGCAGGGACGAACUGAGAUACAACAUCGAAGCUGUCGACUGCCUCAUAAGGAACCACCUCAUCAAUAUGCCACAAUACGACCUUGCGCUCGCUCACCUGAUGGACAACGGCAACAACUACGUGGCGGUGGCGUUCGCCAUGCAACUGGUGCAGCUGUACCUGGUCGACGACCGGAACAAUAUAUUCGUGAACGAGUCCGACCUGUACCACACCACGGAGACGUUGGUGCGCAUCAUGACGCACUCGAGACAGCCCCCGGAGGGGCUGGCGGCCCUCAUCGAGACCCUGCGCAUCAACCAGGACCCGAGCGCUUACCUCGGCGAGAGGAUGCCCUUGGGGCCCACCGCCCACAUCCACGCGGGCAUGAUGCAAGUCAGGGCGCGCGAAUACGACGACCCACCAGGUCUGCAGGAGAAGACCGAGGGUCUACUGCGCGAGUGGAGGAACGUGCUGAUGAGCCCGCUCACCGACAUCGAGGUCGGGCAGAACUUCAACAUCUACGUGCACCGAAUGAACAUGAACGGCCUGCUGAAAACGGACGACAUGGUCACCCGUUUCUUCCGCAUUGCGACGCAGAUGUGCAUAGAGCACGUGUACCAGCUGCUCAACGAGGACAGGGUCAACCCGCCCCAGGUGCCCCCGAAGCGCGAGAAGUACUACACGAUGUGCGACUCCUUCAUCAAGCUGGUCUCCAUACUGAUUAAGAACACGGCCGACGCCGGCAACCCCACGCCGAAACUCAACCUGCUGAACAAGAUCCUGGGCAUAAUCGCCGGCUGCCUUUUACAAGACCACGACGAGCCCGGAAAUAACUUCCAGCAGCUGCCGUACCACCGCCUGCUGCUCAUCCUGUUCCUGGACAUGAACAUGGCCGAACCUGUUUUAGAAUCUAUGAAUUACCAGGUUCUCACCGCGUUCUGCCACACGCUGCGCAUAAUACGCCCAAGCGUCGCUCCGGGCUUCUGCUACGCGUGGCUGGAAAUUGUAGCUCACAGGGCGUUCAUUAAUAGGGUUCUCGCUGUAACACCUCAGCAGAAGUUAUACCAUUGUUUCAACCAGGGCUGGGGAAUGUACUCAACGCUGCUCAUAGACCUGUUCAAAUUCCUGGACCCAUUCCUAAGGAACACGGAACUAGCCGCGCCCGUCAUGACGCUGUACAAGGGCACGCUCAAAGUGCUCCUCGUGCUGCUUCACGACUUCCCAGAGUUCCUAUGCGACUACCAUUCGGGCUUCUGCGACGAGAUACCGCCCAACUGCAUACAAAUGAGGAACCUAAUACUGUCCGCGUUCCCGCGCAACAUGCGCUUGCCCGACCCAUUCACGCCCAACCUGAAAGUGGACCUGCUCCCCGAGAUAGCGCUGCCGCCCCGCGCCGUUAUCAACUACGCCACGAUCAUCCCCUCCACACAGUUCAAGACGGACCUCGACGCUUAUCUGAACGCCCGGGCGCCCGUCACCUUCCUAUCGGAGCUGAGGGGCAACAUGCAGGUGGUGACCGACAAGGGGCGCAAAUACAACAGCCAGCUGAUAAACGCCGUGGUGCUGUACGUGGGCACACAGGCGAUCGCAUUCAUACGCGCCAAGGGCCAGACCCCGAACAUGUCGACGAUAGCGCACUCCGCCCACAUGGACAUAUUCCAGAACUUCACCGUCGACUUCGACUACGAGGGGCGCUACCUGUUCCUGAACGCGAUCGCGAACCAGCUUCGCUACCCGAACAGCCACACGCACUACUUCAGCUGCUGCCUGCUCUACCUGUUCGCGGAGGCCAACUCGGAAGCGGUGCAGGAGCAAAUCACCAGGAUGCUGCUCGAGAGGCUCAUCGUGAACCGCCCCCACCCGUGGGGCCUGCUGAUCACCUUCAUCGAGCUGAUCAAGAACCCCGUCUACAAGUUCUGGACGCACGACUUUGUCCACUGCGCGCCGGAGAUCGAGAAGCUGUUCGCGUCUGUGGCGCGCUCGUGCAUCGCCGAGAAGGCGCCUCCGGGCGGCGGGGAGCUGCCCGAG